AUGGCUGAUGAUAAAGUGGAAGAAUCUAAUGGGACAGCUCAACACUACAUAGGGUGUGCAAUAUGUGAAGUUAGCUCCAACUUAUACUGCAAUGACUGCCACCAGAGCUUGUGUGAUCAGCACCGAGAUGUCCAUCUCAAAGAAGAGAGAAACAGACACCAUGAAGUUGUUCUGUACAAAGACAGAAGAAUACGUUUACCGGUCGAAAAAUGUACAUUUCAUCCGACAAAAGAUCUUGAAAUCUUCUGCGACUCUUGCAGGGAUCCUAUUUGUUUCAGAUGCUCUACUUCAAAUCACAGAAAUCACCAGACCUCCGAUUUAGAGAUUGUCUAUAAUAUAACACUACAGCAAUGUAAAGAUCAGCUGACAAAAAUCCGUGAAGUAAAACUUGAUUCCCAGAAAGAACGAACAGAACAAGAUGAAGAAAGAUUUAAUCUGACGAAAUCAGCCAUGGAACGAAGAUUCAGUGAGAUAGAAGACAUUUUAAAUAUUGUUCUUUCCGAAAAGUUGAGUGAACUUGGUGCAAUGAAAGAUUCAUAUUUUAAAGAAACAGAAAAAGAGAUAUCAAAUAUAGAAGCCUCAAUUGCCCAACAAAAAUACGAGAUGGAAAGGACAUUAACGAAGCCGUCAAGCCUCUUAAAAUUCCAUCAGAGAUUGAUAUCACAUGCACUGGAGGAAGUACAUGACCUUGUAACUGAUCAUUCGACAUUACCGACAUUCAUUAAAGGUAUAGAAGAUAAAAAGGUGAUCGAAAAACAAUUUGGAGAAAUUAAGUGGCCAGUAAAAAAACUGUAUUCAGGUCCUCACGAAGAAGCUAUUAAUUUAAGCCAGAGCUUUCCACCUCUGAGUAAGGAGAGAGAAGCAGAAAGCAGAAGGACAAUGCUGCCACUGUGCGAUAUUCUAGGUGCUCCGAAAAUUAAAUUUGAUGUGAAAAAGGAAGGAAUGAUGAACAUUCGUACCCCAGCCUAUCAUUUAUCUGGUUUGUCCUCUGGGAAUUUCUGGGCCAGUAACAGCUGGGGUGAGCUCAUCUUAUUUGACAAGAAGGGGAAUGUUUUAAAGAAAAUAACUACUAACGUAGUAGAUGCCAUGGGUUAUCACACAACCACCAUAGAGGGAAAACUUUUCUUCACAAUUGCCAAAAGUAAAGCAAUAUUCCAAGUAACUAGCGAGUUGACCACCUCGAAAAUUAUCUCGUGUGAGGAGUGGGAACCAGGGGCCAUUCACUCCUCCCACAUUAAUGGAGACAUACUAGUGGGUAAUAAUAAAAAUAAAGAAUUCAAGGUGACAAAAUUUACAAAGGAAGGGAGGAAACUCCAGGUGAUCCAAAGAGAUGAAGAAGGGAACAACCUUUACAAGAGUAUAAACUACAUCACAGAGAACAUCAACGGUGACAUCUGUACAUCAGACUAUACCGCCCAUAGCGUGGUAGGGGUGAGCAGAUCCGGACAGCACCGGUUCUCUUACUUAGGUCACAAGUCUCAGUCUGAAUUCCAUCCUAAUGGUAUCCGUACAGACAAGCUGGGACAUAUCUUGGUGUGUAAUAGCUACUGCGCCUUGCUUGGCCUCAGAAAUUAUUCCAGUGUCCACCUGCUGGACAUUGAUGGUCAAUUCCUUUCACUUUUACUCUCACCAGAUCAAUGUCCGGAGAAACCCCGGGCUCUCUGUUUGGAUGACCAUGACACAUUAAUGGUCGUGGGUGAGGAUAGUGCUACUGUCACUUUGUACAAAUAUUUCCAGAUGAAAGAAAACUAA